AUGGCCGCCACCUCCACCCACCGCUAUCAUCUCCCUUCAGCCAUGAUCGCCGCCACCAUCUCUCUACACCCACCGCCACAGCCACUACCACCAUCUCUCUCCACCCACCUGGAUGUUAGAGUUUAUGGAAAAGAUUUUGACGGCGGCGAACUGGUGAAGGAGCGCUACCUCCUAUCCGUUGCCUACAAGAACGUGAUCGAUGCAAGAGGAGAGCCUUUGCAACGAGACCACAUCUCCAUGAUCAGAAACUAUAUAUCUAAGGUUAAGUCCCAGCUCUCCUCAAUCUGCGAUGAUAUUCUCAAGUUAUUUGACUUGGGCAUCUUCCUUCAGCUUCAUUGGGACUCCAUAGUCUUUCACCUAAAGAUUGAGAGCGAUUAUCAUCAUUAUGUCGCUGACUUCAAGGCUGGUUUAGAGCUCAAGGAGGCCACUGAGAGCAUACUCAAUGCCUACAAAUCAAUUUAG